UGUAGCAGCAUUUUACUGUGUGGGAGGAGUGUGAGAGAAAGGGGCGGGUGCUGCCGGUGGAACUUGUUGGAAUGGAAGGGUAGCGCUAGUCUGUGGCACUGGGAAACUACAACUAGUCGCAAUCGCAGACCGACAGCACAGGAGCAGGAAAAGUUAGUGGGAAGAGGCCACGCCCAGUGAAGCAGCAGAGGACGGGGGGAGAGAGAGGAGUCGGGCACCUGUGGAGGAGCUGGAGGUGUGUUUGGGUGGAGAGCAGUGAGGAGCCGCCGCUCCAUUCCAGGAUGGGAUACAGACUGGGGGCUGAUACUAAACAUCACUCCGACUACUGCAGCAUCUUCAUCAUGGGGACUGUGGGCAAGAAGAAGGACCGACCUGCUCAUGGCUGUUCCACCAUCCCCAAACUCGCUCUGGAGCUGAAGCAGAUCAUCCACUCCACCACCCAUCCCAAAGUGCCCGCUGUCACUCCCUUACGGGUGAUGAUGCCUCUUGGAAAACUCUCUAAAGGAGCCAGCUUGGAUGAACUGAUACAGAUGUGCAUUCAGGCUUUCGAUUUAGAUGGCAAUAUGGGUCAGAACAAUGAGCUGCUGCAGAUUAUGCUGACUAUGCAUGGCUUCCUGAUCCCCUCCACAGAAUUGCUCAUCAAGCUCAGGACACUAUAUCAGGAUGCCAUGCAGAACAGAUCUUUUUCCUUCUGCCUCAGGAUCUGCUACUUUAUAAGGUACUGGAUCACAGAACUCUGGGUCAUGUUCAAGAUGGACGCAAAACUCACUCAGACAAUGGAAGAAUUCCAGGAGCUGGUGAGAUCUCAUGGGGAGGAGUUACAUUGGCGCUUGAUUGACACUGCACAAAUAAACUCACGGGACUGGUCCCGGAAAUUGACACAGAGAAUCCAAUCCAACUGCAGCAAGAAGAGGAAAGUGUCUCUGCUGUUUGACCACUUGGAGCCACAGGAGCUUGCUGAACACUUGACCUACCUGGAGUUCAAAGCCUUCAGAAGAAUAUCUUUUUCGGAUUAUCAGAACUACAUUGUAAAUGGCUGUGUGAAGGACAAUCCAACCAUGGAACGUUCCAUUGCGCUGUGCAAUGGCAUCUCUCAGUGGGUCCAGCUCAUGGUUCUGAGCCGUCCAACUCCCCAGCUCCGGGCAGAGGUGCUCACAAAGUUCAUCCAUGUAGCUCAGAAACUGCACCAGCUGCAGAAUUUCAACACCUUAAUGGCUGUCAUUGGGGGCCUUUGCCACAGCUCCAUCUCCCGGCUCAAGGAUACAAGUUCACACGUAUCCCACGAUGUCACCAAGGUCCUGAAUGAGAUGACAGAACUGCUGUCUUCCUGCAGAAAUUAUGACAAUUACCGUCGAGCGUACAACGAGUGCACCAACUUUAAGAUUCCUAUCCUUGGAGUCCACCUGAAGGACCUGAUUGCUCUACACGAGGCCAUGCCAGACUUUCUGGAAGAAAGUAAAAUCAAUGUGCCAAAGCUUCACUCUCUAUAUAAUCACAUCAAUGAGCUCAUCCAGUUGCAGAACAUUGCUCCUCCACUGGAAGCAAACAUGGACCUUGUACAUCUACUCACACUCUCCCUCGAUUUGUAUUAUACUGAGGAUGAAAUGUAUGAGCUUUCUUACGCACGGGAGCCAAGGAAUUACCGGGCACCGGUAGGAGAGCCCGUCACACCCUCCAAACCUCCUGUGGUUGCAGACUGGGCAUCAGGAGUCUCUCCAAAGCCAGAUCCUAAAACCAUCAGCAAGCAUGUGCAGAGGAUGGUGGAUUCUGUAUUUAAGAAUUAUGACCUGGAUCAAGAUGGCUACAUAUCGCAGGAAGAGUUUGAGAAGAUAGCAGCCAGCUUCCCUUUCUCGUUCUGUGUCAUGGAUAAAGACAGGGAAGGCUUGAUCAGCAGACAAGAGAUAACUGCUUACUUCAUGCGAGCUAGCUCUAUUUGUUCAAAGCUUGGCCUGGGAUUCCUUCAUAAUUUCCAGGAGACAACCUAUCUGCGCCCAACUUUCUGUGAUAACUGCGCUGGAUUUUUGUGGGGAGUGAUCAAGCAAGGAUACCGGUGCAAAGACUGUGGAAUGAAUUGCCAUAAACAAUGUAAAGAACUGGUGGUGUUUGAAUGUAAAAAGAGGUCCAAAUGCUCCAUGGGAGAGAACAAUACUUUGUCUGAUGCUGGACAGUUAGAAGUCAUUCCAGCAGGGGGCAAAGGGCUUACAAAUGACUGCUUAGGAGCAGAUGAAGGCCCAUAUUCCUAUCCUAAUGGAGAUGGUGACAUCCACACAGAGGUCAGUAAGGAUCGGACAAUAAUGCUUAUGGGUAGCUCAGCACAGAAGAUCUCAGUACGACUACAGCCUGCUGUGAAACAUCGAGCAACGCAAACAGAGAAUGAGACACAAAGCCUGUGCCUACAAGUUCCUUCUCCACCGCGCAGCAGGACCCCAGACCUAACCUCCCAUCUCCCUAUAAGUCCCAUGCCUUCCCCCUGUCCUAGUCCAGUUCCUACCCGAAAGAAGGCUUAUGCCAAGUGGGAAAACAAGGACUCCAUCCGCAAAGCAAGGGCAGAAUUGAGGGGAGGCAAAGCUGGCAUUCAAGAGCUGGAGAAGGAAAAGGUCUUUCUGAAGGAGGAGAACACAGCUCUAAAGAUCCAGUUGAAGGAUGCUCAUAGACGUGUCGAGACUCUGCGGGCAGAGUUAAGAAAAUAUGUACUGGACAGCGACACGCACCAGAAGGGAUCAUAAAGUAAAAAGCCUAACAGAGCUGAUGCCACGGAUCAUCAACGUGAUGCCUAAUAACCGUUCAAUCGCCAACGAGGAGCGGAUAACAAGCAUACGUAGUGUGACCUAAUGAUGUGUUUGUGCAUCUCGUUCACAGUCUGGUAGAGAUAGAUUCAAAGUAUUCACUCUCCUUCCUUGCUUUGUGUGUGUAGAUCCAUCAGGGAGAGGUGAAGUCUCUACUCGUUAUGUGGCAUGUUGUUUGUAGAAUAACCAGGUAAGAAAACUAGAUAGAAGCAGGUGCCUGUCAGGUUUUCCUUCCUUCUACAAAUUGCUGGGUUUCUUGACUUGAACCAUAUUCCAGCCGGCACAUUGCAUCUGCGUUGUCAUGCUACUAAUCAUGUUACCAGAUCAUCUCUCAUAAGCUGCAGACUGACUAAAGAUGUUGAGUUAGAGACCAAGUAACAAGAAUAUGGAGCAUGUUCUUCUACUGGCCCGUGCCAAGGGCAUCCGCACUCUUCCUCGCGUAGCUGUGCACCACGUGCUGCUCCAUUACCUCAGUUGGAGAGUGCAAGCUAAUGAAAAGGGGGUAGCGCACACACUGCAGGGCUUUUGCACCAUUGAGCGUACAUCAAAGGCACACCUGCAUACAGUAUAUUUCUACUGUGAAACGGACGGUAAAACAAAGACUGCAGUGUUCCACCAUCUGACUGUAAACCUUGCUGACUUUAUACCAGGAUACUGAAAGUUCUCUGUGUGGACGGAUAUUAAAUGACACUUGGUCAGGAUGCUUUCAUACGUUUUAGGCUCAGAAAGGUGCUAUCAAAAAGUACUGCCGUUGAUUUUUUUAAGAUAGCCCAGGAAAGAAGGAGAAGAAGGAGCCGCCAUUUAUAUACAUAUGUGGAUCGUCUCUAUGUGUAUUCUCAGUAAGGAACUAUUCUUUAUUAUUCUUUAUUCCGUUACGGUGUUUCAAUGCUUCUUAGAACAUGACCUCUGCUGUUUGGGGGAAGUGUUUCCGUUACUGAAAUAGGUAUGAGUUGAUAUUGACAGCGUUUUUGCCUGUUACCGGGAAGUCAAGCUUUACUGUCAACUGUGAUCUGGGCCCUUGUGGAAUAGCUGGGCUUCCCCAACACCCCCUAUUCUUGCUUUUUCACUGUUGCUCCUAGAGGAACAGAUUCUCACUAACAAUCAUUCAACCCAAUAAAAGCUACAUUCUUGUUUAA